AAAACCUGGGUGCGUCAUGACGUUGGAGGAGUGUGUGCGUCACAGCGUAGGCGGGCGGGGCCAGGGCUCUGCGCGUCCCCGUGAGCUGGUGCUCGGGCACGCGAAGUGAGGUUGCUGUCAGCUGUGUGUGUGCCUGCUGCCAGGCCUGCCCUCUGCACGGAUUGCGGCACAGGGGGCUGACCGGUACCCACGGAGGAGCUCAGGAGCCCGCCCCGGCCAGCAGGUUAAUGCCGGUGUCAUCCAGUUGGUCAGAAAGUGUCCAGUGAGCGAAGGAGGGAUCUGUGAGAUGAUUUAGUACGGUGGUACCAUGGGGCAGAGGAAGAAGCCAUGUCCCAGGCUGUUGGAUUAUUUGGUGAUCAUAGGUGCAAGGCAGCCAAGCAGUGACAGUGUCGCCCAGACGCCGGAGUUGCUCCGCCGUUACCCGCUCGAGGACCAUCCAGAAUUUCCCCUACCUCCUGAUGUGGUAUUCUUCUGUCAGCCGGAGGGAUGUCUGAGCGUAAGGCAGAAACGGAUGAGCUUGCGCGAUGACACCUCAUUUGUCUUCACACUUACUGAUAAGGACAGCGGCAUCAUCCGCUACGGGAUCUGCGUAAACUUCUACCGCUCUUUUCAAAAACGGAUUUUGAAAGACAAAAGCCGUAAACUGUACAAGCCAGCCUCCGAGAAUGGCUCUGAGGGCUCUGACGGAGGCCACGCUUUACAGGCUCCAAGCGCAGACUCCACCCCGGAUAUCAAUCAUUCCCCUCGUGGGAAACGUCUGCCUAAAGGAACGCAACGGUCUCGUAACAGCUCUCUCACCUCUCUUUGUAUCAUCAGUCACUAUCCCUUCUUCUCCACCUUCCGGGAAUGUCUGUAUACUCUUAAAAGGCUCGUGGACUGCUGUAGUGAUAGGCUGGUCAGCAAGAAGGCCGGAGUAUCCAAGGGUGUCCAAAGAGACACCAUAUGGAGGAUCUUUACGGGCUCGCUGCAACUAGAGGAGAAAUCCAAUGUUCUCCUGCAUGACCUGCGUGAAAUUGAAGCUUGGAUCUAUCGCUUGCUACGCUCUCCCACUCCAGUGGCCGGCCAGAAGAGGGUUGACGUGGAAGUCUUGCCCUUAGAGCUGCAACCACCCUUGACCUUUGCCCUUCCUGACCCCUCACGUUUUUCAUUGGUGGAUUUCCCUCUCCAUCUGCCGUUGGAGCUCCUGGGAGUGGAGGCCUGCUUGCAGGUCUUGUCCUGCAUUAUGCUGGAACAUAAGGUGGUGAUGCAAUCCCGGGACUACAACGCCUUGUCUAUGUCUGUCAUGGCAUUUGUGUCCAUGCUCUAUCCACUUGAAUAUAUGUUUCCUGUAAUCCCUCUGCUGCCCACAUGCAUGGCCUCUGCGGAACAGCUGCUCUUGGCGCCCACCCCUUACAUCAUAGGAGUCCCGGCCAGCUUCUUCCUCUACAAGUCGGACUUUAGGAUACCAGAUGAUGUUUGGCUGGUGGAUCUGGACACUAACAAGGUUGUAGUGCCCAGCAACGCAGAGCUUUUACCUGUACUGCCCGAACCAGAGGUGUCUGAGCUGAAGAAGCACCUCAAACAGUGUCUGCACAGCAUGUCCGUGAUCACGCAGCAGCGCCUUCUCGCCUCCGAUAACAAGGCCCUGGCGAGUAUGAGUCUGAACACCCAACCUAUCCUGAACCUGGACAGAUUUCAUGAGGGGUCAGAGGCGUCUAUGCUCCGACCCCCCAACGAUGCACAGGGCACUCCCUCAACAGAAUUCAACCCCCUAAUUUAUGGAAAUGAUGUUGAUUCAGUGGAUGUGGCGACAAGGGUUGCCAUGGUCCGGUUCUUUAACUCUCCCAACAUGUUACAAGGUUUCCAGUUCCAUACUCGCACUCUGCGUCUCUUCCCACGCCCCGUGGUGGCUUUCCAGUCCUCUUCAUUCCUGGCUUCACGCCCCAAGGCCACUCCAUUCUCUGAGAAGCUUUCCAAAACGCAGGCCGUGGAGUACUUUGGAGAGUGGUCCCUGAACCCCACCAACUUCGCCUUUCAGAGGAUCCACAACAACAUGUUCGAUCCAGCUUCUAUUGGAGAUAAACCUAAAUGGUACGCUCAUCAGCUGCAGCCCAUUCAUUACAGGGUGCAUGAUGCAAACUCGCAGCUUGCUGAAGCGCUCAGUGUCCCUGUGGAACAGGAAAGUGAUUCAGAACCUACUGAUGACAGCGGCAGUGACAGUGUGGAGUACGACGACUCCAGCUCCUCGUAUUCUUCCCUUGGGGACUUUGUCAGUGAAAUGAUAAAGUGUGAUAUAAACGGUGACACGCCAAAUGUGGACCCCCUGACGCACGCCGCGCUGGGAGAUGCCAGUGAGGUAGAGUUUGAUGACUUCCAAGAGUACUCGGGAGAGGUGGUGGAAACGGGUCCUGACAGCGAGAACUCCCCUGAUAACAAUCAGCCACGUUCAGGUUCAAGUACCACAGCCAGCAGCAGCCCAAGCACAGUCAUCCAUGGAACUAACACACAAGAAUCUGCUGACUCCACCGAACCAGACGAAAAAGUGUUGGGAGUAUUGCAGAAUCACCUUCCUGUUCUGGCGCCCACGUUCACCCGCCUGGGGAUGGAACGGCGUGAGAGUGAGGCGUCUGUGGUUGGUGGGGAAACACGAAGGCGCGAGUACGACAAUCCCUACUUUGAGCCACAGUACGGAUUUCCACCAGAUGAGGAAAACGAAGAUCGCGGAGAGAGUUAUACCCCAGUUUUUAACCAAACCGUUAACGGCACACGUUCCCAGAAGCCUCUGCUUCGACCUAAUAGUCUGAAAUUGGCAAGUGAUUCUGAUGCAGAAACGGAUUCUCGAGGCAGCUCCCCUACCUCAACCGUGUCCAAUAACAGCAGCAAUAACGAGGGUUUCGGAGGCAUCAUGUCUUUUGCUAGCAAUCUGUACAAAAGUCAUAGUAGUAGCUUCAGUUUGUCAAGCUUGACGCUUCCAAACAAGGGUGGACGAGAUAAGGCAACUCCGUUUCCCAGCUUGAAAGGUCAGCAGGAAGUGGCAGGGGAGUUGGGAAAAGUAUUUGGGCUUAAUACUAUAAUGGAGAUUAUUGCAGACUCCGGGCCAGCCCCUGCAGAAGCCAGCAACAGGCGUGCACUUGUAGACCAGAAAUCUUCCGUAAUAAAGCACAGUCCGACCGUAAAGAGGGAAUUUCCUUCCCCUCAGGGCAAAGCAAACAAUUCCGGUGAGAACCAACAGUUUCUGAAGGAAGUGGCUCUGAGUGUCCUAGAAGGACAGGGAGUAGGUUGGCUGAAUAUGAAGAAAGUGCGCCGGCUGCUGGAAAGCGAACAGCUACGCGUCUUUGUGCUGAGCAAAUUAAACAGGUCGAUGCAGACAGAAGAGGACGCACGGAAUGAUGUCAUUCAGGAAGUGGAGAUUAACAAAAAAGUAUACAAGGGAAUGCUGGACAUACUGAAGUGUACGGUGUCCAGUUUGGAACAAUCUUACGCCAACGCUGGGCUGGGCGGCAUGGCCAGUGUCUUCAGCUUGCUAGAAAUUGCUUAUACACACUACUACAACAAAGAGCCUGAGAAAAGGAAACACAGUCCUUCCGCUGAUGGCACUGUGACCCCCGUGUCUAGGCAUUCUGUCACCAUCCCACGAGGAGAGUCUCGGCCUGCCCCCCAGCUGCCCGCCCAGCAGCUGCUUCCUCCCCGCCCAUCAGGUCCCGAGGUCCGGGGUGCACGAGAAUUUGACACACGGAGUCUCAAGGAAGAGAAUUUUGUGGCUUCCAUUGAAUUAUGGAACAAGCAUCGGGAAGUGAAAAAGCAAAAAGCUAUGGAAAAACCGAGCGUAGAGCAGCCCAAACAGGUCCCUGAUAGCGCAGACACUGAAGAGAAGAGAUCUCAGAUCAGUGCAGACAGUGGCUUGAGUGUCACAUCGGGAUCUCAGCAGCGGAGUGAUUUGGGUAGUGUCAGUACUGGACCGUCCAUCCUCAUCAGAAGCAGCAGUCAGGACUCUGAACUCAGCACAGUGGUCAGUAACAGCUCUGGGGAAACACUGGGAGCCGAUAGUGAUCUGAGCAGCAAUGCUGGGGACACAUUGGGAGGACCAGGUGGAGGACAUCUGUCAGGAUCCAGAGCCGCGGUGUCUGACAGUGAGAUUCAGAUGAGCUCACUCACUGGCGCUAUAUUUGGGAAGCCCCAAGUGCUGCGUCCUGGAGAAAAAGAGAACAGUCUCAGCCCAGGGCGUCCCCCACAAGAUGACAGCCAGCGCAUUUACCUGUAUGAGGGACUUUUGGGAAGAGAUAAGGGUUCAGUCUGGGACCAGCUGGAAGAUGCAGCGAUGGAGACCUUCUCACUGAGUAAGGAGCGUUCCACGCUCUGGGACCAGAUGCAGUUCUGGGAAGAUGCUUUCCUUGAUGCUGUGAUGCUGGAGAGAGAGGGAAUGGGCAUGGACCAAGGCCCUCAGGAGAUGAUAGACCGGUACUUCUCUCUCGGAGAUCACGACAGGAAACGCCUGGAAAAUGAUGAGGACCGGCUCCUGGCAACUCUUCUGCAUAAUAUGGUGGCCUACAUGGUUAUGAUAAAGGUAAAUAAGACUGAUCUCCGGAGGAAGGUUCGUCGUCUUCUGGGAAAGUGCCACAUUGGUUUAACGCACAGUCAACAGAUCAACGAGUUGCUGGACAGAGUAACAGACAUGAAUGGCCGUGACCUCAGCAUUCGCCCUAGUGGAAGCCGUCACAUCAAGAAGCAAACGUUUGUAGUGCAUGCUGGGACUGACACUAGCGGAGACCUGUUCUUCAUGGAGGUUUGCGAUGAUUGCAUCGUAUUACGUAGCAACAUUGGAGCUGUGUAUGAACGCUGGUGGUAUGAAAAACUCAUUAACAUGACCUAUUGCCCCAAGACAAAAGUGCUCUGCUUGUGGAGGAGAAACGGGCAGGAGACGCAACUCAACAAGUUCUUCACUAAGAAGUGUCGGGAGCUGUACUACUGUGUAAAGGAGAGUAUGGAGCGAGCAGCAGCCCGGCAACAAAGCAUUAAGCCAGGCCCAGAGCUUGGUGGCGAGUUCCCAGUUCAGGACAUGAAGACAGGGGAAGGGGGUCUUCUGCAGGUGACCCUGGAAGGAAUUAACCUGAAAUUCAUGCACAGUCAGGUUUUUAUACAGCUGAAUCACAUAAAAAAGUGUAACACUGUACGGGGCGUCUUUGUCUUGGAGGAAUUUGUUCCUGAAACUAAAGAAGUGGUGAGCCAUCGAUACAAGACCCCUAUGGCCCACGAGAUCUGCUAUUCUGUCCUCUGUCUCUUCUCCUACGUGGCAGCCAUCCGAGGGAAGGAAGAGAUGAAGAGCAGACCACCUCGGCCUGUAUCCAGCUGACACCCAUCCCAUUACUCCCCAAAGCAACCUGUGACCACACACUUCAUGUCCGCUUUGCCCUGUCCCACUUCACUGGCUCCGCUGACAGCUGUUACGUUGGCGUUCUACUAUGACAUUCCUUCUCCUGUAUCUGGAGUCCAUUCAUAUACCCUUAUAGUAAUUGUACUACGUGUUGUGACCACCUUUUACACCCUCACCCCUUCUGCUUUCGUGUUGUGUGCUUUGCGUGUUACUGGCCUCUGGCACAACUCUUCCAGGAUGAUACAAGUGUUGUAUUCAUUCACAUUCCUGCGUCCUGUUGUGUGCUAGUGUUUGUCACUGACUGGUAUUAUAGGGUGACUCCAGACCACUUCAGUUUUGGGGAGGUCUACAGAAAUACCUGGUGCUUUCCCCACGCGUAACCCGGCGUCUGAUAUUCAAGCAUCAUGUGCUUCAGAAACUCUGUGUGCUGAUGGAACUGAACUGCAGCACACUUCUUUGGGCUUCUAGCAGCGAAUGAGCUAAUACGUCUUGUGGAUUAUUGAGCAGAUGUUGGAACCCUAACGGUACAGAGUGUAAAUAUUGUCAAUGUGAACCCAGCAGCUCUCCCCCUUCCUAGCACUGCCCACUACUGCAUGGAGAGCACGAUGUAAAUAUCCAGGUCUUUCUUAUUUAUAGAAAUGUGUACAGAUCCUGAAUGUGCAAUAAACUGGCAUUUUAAUGCUUC